UGCGAGUGGCAACAUCCAAUCCAACCUAAUAGGAAAUCCAAAAAGCAAGAGCUAUCUGCUAGCUAAACCAAUCACAUGCUACCACGUGUACGGAAGAAAGUUACUCCCACGCUGAUCAUCUUCUUCUUCGUACGUGACAAUGGCAGUCACUGACCCCCCCACCCCUUUCCCCACCAACACAUACACUUUUUUCUUCACUUGAUAGAUUGUUUCUGGUUUUCUCUCUCUCUCCAUCUCCCCCAACUACACUAUACUAUGUGCAGCAGCAAAACUCCUGUCUCAAUGAACAAGAAACGACGCCCUAGAGCUCGCAAAUCCAGACUGUCUAAGCCUAAAAAGCCCAAAUUCCUCAGCCUCCGCCGCCAGUUCCCGCCGAAUGAGAUGCAUGCCCCCGUCGCUGAUUCCCGCCAGCUCGACUUAUUCCCGCUCCACCCCGACAACGAUCGAGAAAGCCAGGAUCAAGCGGAGAAUGUCGCCCUAUUUUUCUCAGCUGCGGACGGCGGCGCCACCACUCUCACUGGCCUCCUCGACAACUCCUCCGCCGUCGACUCCAACUCCUCCCACACCAUCAACACCAGUUCCAGAAGGCUGGACUAUUUGUCGGCGUCGUCGGCGUCGCUAACAUACGCCUACGGCGAGGAGCGGGCUGCGCUGGUGCGGACGGCGUUGAGGAGCAGGGAUCGGGAUUCAGGCGAGGAGAAGUGGGUGCGGUACUCGGAGGUGGUGGAGAGGAAGGUGAAGGAGGAGGAGGUGACGAGCUCCUCCGUGGACUGGUGGCCCGCGGCGGCGCAGCGGGUGUCACUGAAGCUGGAUUACGACGAGAUCAUGAACGCCUGGUCCAACAAAGGUCCACUCUUCGUCGACGCUGAGACUUCACAGAUCGUCCCUGACGCUGAACACCAUUUUCUCUCUCAUCACGCCUCCACCAACGGGGUGAGUUGGGAUCAUAAGAAUUCAGGGUUGUGGACAGUUCCAGAAAUUGAAAAUGGAGAGGAAAUGAAGAAUAUUUUAGGGCAAAGGAAAGCUAGUGUGUUGAGGUACAAAGAGAAGAGGCAGAAUAGGCUCUUCUCUAAGAAGAUUCGAUAUCAAGUUAGAAAACUCAACGCCGAGAAACGCCCUCGACUCAAGGUAAACUUUGUUAUUCAAAUUCAAAUAAUUAAGGGGACGUUCACUUUGCAUGAUUGAGUAUUUUUUCAUCUUCAAAAGUAUGAUUUUUUUAAUCUCACCCUUUUAAUGGGAUAAAACUAGUUUAAAUGAUAUAAAUAAUCAAGGGCAUUGAGAUAUCUCAAAGUUACAAUCCAUCAAAAUAAAUAAGGGAUUAACCUUAUUAUUUUUAUCUAUCAAGGUCAAAGUAAACACCCUCUAAGAGUAAAAAAUAAUCCGACAAAAUUGCCGGGAUUAUUUUUAAAUCAUUUAUUAUUGUAGGUUGAUUAGGUUCAAUUUUUGCUAAUGCAUGUGACACGUGUUUUUGGGAAUUUUUUUUGGAUGAAUCAUUCUUGACUCAGUUUAUUAUCAUCGAAAUGUAUUGAGAUUUGCGGCACCUCUCGAAGUUUAAAUUCUUGUCAAAAAGGAACAAUUGGAAUAGAAAGCCCAUCAUUUUUUUUUCAAAUCAAUCUAUAUAUUUGUUGAAGUAUUUGAGACUCGAUUUCUCUUUUGCAGGGUCGAUUUGUGAAGAAGAGUUGAGACAUGAAGAUUAGCUAAUUAGUAAUUUUCUUUCAUUUUCAGUCUUCCUUUUCCCUUGUUGAGGCAUUGGAAAUACCAAGAAAUUUAAUUAGCUUGCAAGCGUAGGAGAAUAAUAGAUCAACUGCCAAUUUGAGAAAAUCUCACCUUUUGUUGCAAAAUGUUAUCCUAUUUCAUUUCUUAUUCUAUUGCAUGUACAUAAUUGUAUAUGUGGUAUUUUAUAAGUAGAACAAUAUACUGAAUGGAAUAAGAUAGCUAUUCUAGUUCUAGUACAGAA